AUGACAGAAAGGUGUGCUCUAAGCUAUGUUUUAGUAUUACUAGUUUUAGAACUUGUGAGUUCGCGAAGUAAUAUUAAUUUGGUUAAUGAUGUUACAAAAGAAACUGUCAACCGCAUCAAAAGGCAAGAUGGCAAUUGUGUUGCCACCGACACGACGGUGCGAGGCGGCGAGGCGUGCAGCGGGCAAGUUAUAUUCGAAGAAGACUUCUCCACCUUCAGGAAGGACGUGUGGCAGAUCGAACAUUACAUUCCUGUAACCUCACAUCAGGAGUCCCCGUUCGUGUCGUACCAGAAUGACAAGUCACUAGUGUACGUGGCCGACGGGUACCUUCACAUCGCCCCCAAACUCCAGGAACAGAUGCCCGGCUUCACCAACGAGUCCAUAUACCUUGGAACCUUGGACCUGUUUAAAGGCUGUACAUCCCGUGCCGAAGAAUGUUACCGCCAGGCGUCCGGAGCGGACAUUUUACCGCCUAUAGCCAGCGCGCGAGUUAGGAGCGUCAAGUUCGCCUUCACAUACGGAACAAUACAUGUCAGAGCCAAAAUGCCUCAAGGAGAUUGGCUGUACCCAGAAUUACUGCUGGAGCCUUACUUUAAGAAAUACGGCCAUUCCAACUUCGCUUCGGGCGUUAUGAAAAUUGCAGCAGCACGAGGCAACAGAGAAUUGAGAGUUGGUGAAGAAGAAUUUGGAAACGAGAUUUUAUAUGGCGGGGCCGUUAUGAACUUAGUUUGCCGGGAUGAGCUGCUGUCCAACAAACUACUGGAGGACGGUCAGUGGGGCGACCAGUUCCAUAAUUACUCCCUCACGUGGACUCCCGGGUACAUAAGUCUGUCGGUGGACGGCGCGGAGUGGGCUCGCGCGGUGGCGCCGGGCGGACUGCGCACGCGCUUCCACUACACCUACUGCAAACACCUGCCCAUAGAGAAACUCUACACCGGCACCAAGAUGGCUCCCUUCGACAUCGACUUCUACAUAAGUCUGGGGGUGGCAGCGGGCGGUAUAACCGAGUUCCCCGACGACUCGUACUCCGUGGGAGGGCGUCAGAAGCCGUGGCGCAACUCUGAGCGGAAGGGCAUGCUCAGUUUCUGGGAGGACUUACCCGCCUGGCAAUACACCUGGACACAACCUGAACUAUUAAUAGACCAUAUUAAAGUCGUCGCAUUGUGA